AUGUUUGAAGACUAGUUAUAAAGUGCUUUAAUUAAACUUUAACUGGGAAAUUUUUCAGACUCUAAAUAAAUUAUAGAUGAGUUAGAAAAUUUAUUGUUUGAUAAUAAUCUAAAUUAUGCUCAAAUAUCCUUGUGUAAUGCCAAAAUUUUUAAUAGUACUGAAAGUAUAUUUCUAUUUCUUGAGUAAUAUGCUUAAAUAAAAGAUAACUUAUUAGCUAAUGUUCGAAAAGGUCUAUACCAACUAUUAGCUUAAUAUAUUAAAAAAAGAAGAACUCGUAUAUAAGAAUACAUCCAAUUAAUAUUUAAAAAUUGCAUUUAAUUAUUUAAGAAAGAAGAAUCAGCAGCAGCAAAAGAAGGAUCAUUAUUACCAAUAAUAAAAUUAUUAAAGUACAUAGACUAAAAAGAUUAUAUCCGCGAUAUAAUAAUACCAUAAAACACAUUAAAAAUUCUUCUUGAAGAAAUAAAAUUUUGUAAACCCAGCUAAAAGGUAAAAGGUGCAAUAUGGCACCUUACAGGCUUAAUAUUCGAAUAAUUUAAAACAGAGAUUAAAAUAGAUACGAAAAUUGAAAUAUAAACUAUAUGUUUAAUAGAGCUUUCACAUUAAAUAAAAGAGUCUUCGAAACCUGAAAUAGGAGCGGUUAUUGGUAUGUUAAAAUCUUUAAGACACAGUUUAGUAGAAUGUCAUUUAUCUCGAGAAGAUUUAGGUAAAUUGUACUAAUUAAUUAAAGUGUGUAUCGUCCCUAUUGUAGAUGUAAAAAAUUACGGAAUAAUUAAAAGUUCACUUAAAGUUCUUUAAAAGCAUACUUAAUUAAUAAAAAAAUAUCUUUUGGAAGAGCCUGUACAUAUGUUUGAAUAACUAGUAAAACUUAUAUAACAUACUAACAAAGGAGUUAGAUUUUCUGCUUCUGAUGCUUUGGACAGUGUUAUGAUACUACUUUCUGACGCUUUAGAUAAUUAAUUUUAAGGACAUUAAUAAGCUUUUAACUAUAUUAUUUAAAAAAUAUAUAGUAUUAUUACUGGAGAAUAAUAAUAAUAAGGAGACUAAGUUGCUUUUUCUAUGAUUAUUGUUGUAAGAAUUGUCGGAGUUUUCGCUAAGGCGAUAAGUAAACAUAUGGGAUAAUAAUAGUUGGGAAUUUUCUUUAAUUAAAUGAUAACUAUCUCAGAAAAAAAAGUACUUAAAUAUUUAAAAUAGGAAGAAGAAUCUUUAUUAGAAAAAGAAUAAGGAGACGAAGACGAAGAAAAAAAAAUUAUGGAGAAACUUUCAGAAGUAUUUUGUAUAGAUAGAAAUAAUUAAUAUCUUUUAUUAACUCAUUUGCAAAUUUAGUUAAAUAAAUUAAAGUUAUGA